AUGUCUUGUUAUAUAUACUUGUGAAACUAUCGCAUGAUGUCACCGAUUUUUGACACUUCUAAGAAGUCAGUUUAUUGGGUAACAGUUAGCAACGUGGAGCUAAAAGCUAGCUAAUUGGGAAUGCAGCAGGGAAAUGACAAGAACGAUCAGGUGCUUGUUCUAGUGUUUGUUCUGUAGCUGCAGUUGGAGUGAAGCUCUGACAGUUUUCAAGCUGCACCUCGGACUGCUGCUCUUCUCAAUGAGGUACAGAGGAGCUCAGAUCUGUCUCCGGGCUCAUGGCUCAUGCUGUCUGUCUCGCCUCUCCCUGCCUGGCAGAGUCACUCUGGUUCGGACCUACAGUGUUCUCCAUCAACCCGGCUCCCCGCCACCCACUAACCCCUCCCCUCCUGAUGGGAAGGGUGGAGCCGUGGUGGUUAAAGAGCGUGCCCUGGCUGCCUUAAAGCAUGCAGGUGAGUUGGGGCAGCAGUGGGGUCAGAGGGCGACUCAGACAGCCUCCGCCUCAGUCAACUACUGGUGGGAAAAAUACGAGGAGUUUGUCGGACUCAACGAGGUCCGAGUGGCCCAAGCCAAGGUCACUGAGGCUGAGUCAGCGUUCAUGGUGGCCAGAGGGAUGGUGCGCGAGGCUCAUGUUAGCCUGGAGGCCCUGCAGGUCAGGCUGAAGGAGGUCAGGGACCGACUGGACAGAGUCUCCAGGGAGGAGGCUCAUUACCUGGAGCUGGCCACGCUGGAGCACAAACUGCUGCAGGAGGAGCGUCGUCUCCGGACAGCUUACGAGAACGCAGAGGGCUCGGAGAGGGAGAAGUUCGCUUUGUUCUCAGCAGGAGUCCGGGAGAGCCACGAGAAGGAGAGGACAAGAGCAGAACGCACCAAGAACUGGUCCGUCAUCGGCUCGGUGCUCGGAGCUCUGAUCGGGGUCAUGGGAUCGACAUACAUCAACCGCGUUCGCCUGCAGGAGCUGAAGAAUCUGCUGCUGGAGGCCCAGAAAGGUCCAGAGAGCCUGCAGGAAGCCCUCAGAGUCCAGGCUGGAAACCACCGCUCCCAGCAGGACGAGCUCCGAUCGCUCAUCGACAACCUCAGGGUCGCUCUGAAUGAGGUUUUCACACAGAGAGUCGGCGUCCUUCAGGUCAAAGGAGGUCCGGCCUCAGACUCACCCACGGUGCCUCUUUCAGCCUUAAAAGACCUCCACAUUGGCAGCCAAAGGGCCGAAUCCCUCCUGCAGUCCCUCCCGCCACAACUGGAGCAACUGGAUCAGGGACUCGGUAGAGUUGAGGACGAAUUGUCAGUGAUGAGGAGGCUGCUGGAGACCAGACCACAGGCUGAAACACAGUCUGCUCAGCUGCAGGUAGCAAUACCAGAGAGACCAGAGAAAGGGGAUCAGUGGGGGUCUGAGGUGGCAGUGAGGCGUCUGGAGGAGACUCAGAGGACGCUGGGAGAACAAAUCAGGACCAACACUGUUUAUAACGCUGUGUUUACCUACACCGCCACCGCCAUCACCGUCUCUGCUGUCUACCUGCUGCUCAGAGGAACUGGUUAAACAUGGUAGCUCCAGUGUGAAUGUGUUCACAAGCACUGUAACACCAUCAGUCACUGGGAGCAAUAAUCUUACUUAUUUAUGUCAGAAUAGAUGGUGUACUUGUUUGGAAGUAACUUUCACAAACUGGUUACAGGUGUUGAUUUGGGCUUCUUAUCUACUGCUGCUGUUGACCACACUACUGAUUGCUUCAAGAUGUUUUUAAUUCUGUGAUCUUAAGAUAACACAUUAACAUUGGUCAUAACUCCAGCUGUCCGGCAUUCAACUGCUAGUGCUCAGCAGUAUUUGUCAUUUCUUGUCCAUAAUUGUAACUUGAUUUCCCCCUCUAAAUUGUCACUUAUGAUAUGAGUCAUCAGGUUUAUUGUCUAAUUUGACACAUCUUUACUGAAUCAGAAUGAAACACUGGAGCACAGUUUGAACCCUGUGGGCCCUUUUGAAAUAGACUAAUUUAAUUAGGAUUAUGCAGCAUGUUAAUAAUGAAACAAGGCCCUGUCAAAGACCGAUAAUGAUGCAGGACCCACCUUAGGGCCAACAUCUUUUUGACUUGGUGGUGCAUACUCCUCCAGAGAAAUUAAAUACGGGGUCUUUGGUGCUCCACAGCAGUUGUCUGCUUUGCCCAGUUAGUAAUCCAAUCGUGCUGACCAACAACAAUAUUUAAUUAAUUUAAAUUUGCCAUAUAAAAGCAACAAAUCCUCACAUUUACAUGAUAAAUAACUUCAAUGAAUAUCCAAAUGUUUUUGACAAAUUUCUGUCAUCAUCUAAUUAACUAAUUGUUUCAACGCUGGCUGCACGUUAACUGCAUCUCGGAAACCUCCCUGUUUUGCAGAACAAUUGGUCGAAAAAAUGUUCGUUUUUCCUAAUAAGAAUUUGAAAGACUUGGAUUCAUUUUUAGAAGAACAAAAACAUUUAGUGAUUAUUUGGCCAACAAAUCUUCCAAAUCAACACCUAUGACAGUUCUGGAUAGGACUGAGAUUGAUGUGAUGAGUUUAACUGAUGAUAAUUGAUGUGGCCAAGUCAGUCUAAUGCCAAGUGAGUUUUUGUUUUGGUAAGUUGAUUCAGCCCUGUCAGUAGUUGAACAGCUGAACCUCAGAGGCACCACAUCCUCUGUUCAUGAUUCCACCCCGGACAUGUUAAUGAUUUUGUUGAUUCUCUUCACCAGAUCAUUUAGAUCAGAAACUUUGAUCUCAUUUCACAGGACAUGGCAUUGUGCAUGAGGUCAGUAUAAACACCUGAAUGAGAAAUAAUGAGAAUAACUGAACUGGGAUUUUUCCAUUAAUUUAAGUAACCAUUGUUGUGAAUAAAUUUGACCAAUGACAAUGUGUAUGUAAUGUAAUGUGUAAAGUUCCCUUACGAAGCUAUCUGCCUUUAAUCACUGCUGUCUUCGUUGUUCUUUGGAUAAAUUAAUUAUUAAGUAUAAUUUCAAAAGCUAACUUCAUGAGAAAAUUUAGAAAAAUGUUAAUAGAGUUCUGCAGACUCUGAAUUCCUUUUUAAUCCCCUCCAGUACUUGAACUUGUGUGUCUUCAUGUUGUUGUGUAUUAAAUUGUUUGUUCUGCUGAGCGUUAA